ACCAAACUUCAGAGCUGAGCAACGGAGGCAAUUAGUAAAUAUUUGAAACCAAGAAUUGUAAAUAUUCAAAGCCAGCCAUGUCCGAUUCGCCUUCCGGACCCCGUGCCAAGCGGCAGCGCAUUGACAAAAAUGGGAGAUUCGCUGCCUUGGAACGAUUGCGCCAAUUAAAGGGCACAAAGAACAAAUGCCAGGUGGAGGACCAGGUGGACGAUGUCUACGAGGUGGUCGAUGAGCGGGAGUAUGCCAAGCGCGCCCAGGAGAAGUACGGCGACGAUUGGAUCGAAGAUGAUGGCACUGGGUAUGCGGAAGAUGGUCGCGACUUUUUCGAAGAUGAAGAUGAGUACUCCGACGCCGAGGAGGAAGAUAAACCUAAAGGGAAAAAGAAGAAAGGCGUCUCGGCCAACAGCAACAAGAGGCCACGUGAAAGUGAUAAACCCGCCAAGGGAAAGGCAUCCAUCAAAAAUCUGUUUAGUAAUGCUGUGCCCAAAAAAGUGGACAUUAAAACCAGUGUGAAGGACGAUGACAUCUUGGCGGAUAUCCUGGGUGAAAUUAAAGAGGAACCGGGAGAAGUAUCCACCAAAGUGGAGAAGGUCAUAGCUCCGGCAAAAAUUGCAGCAGUCAGCAGAAAAUCCGAAGCCGCCGCAGCCAAAGAUUACAUGAACAGUUUCCUGAACAACAUCAAAGUCCAGGAGCAGGAGCGCAAGAAGGCGGAAGCCAGUAGCGAUCACGAAAUGCUGGAACGCAUCCUUAAGCCCAAAGCCACUGUGCCCAACAAAAAGGUGGCCACGUUUGCCUCAUCCACAGUGAAAAAGGAGAAGGAUAUCCCAGAAAUCAAACCCGCCGCCAAAGAACCUAGCCAAGAUGCAUUUUCCGACAAUGAAAUGGAUUUCAGUUGCCUGGAUGACGACGAAAACCAGUUCGAUUUGGAGCAGGCGAAGCAGCCAGAGGAGAAGACUGCUGAAGCCAAGUCCGUAGAAAAGAUAGUCCCCAAAAAGGAGCCCGUAGAAUCGCCACCGAAGCCAGAAGCCGACCCUGAGGACAUGAGCAAAUUGCUGAGCAAUUGGGAGUCCAUUUGCCAGAUGGACGAUGACUUUGAAAAGUCAGUAACCACCGCAGAGAUGGAGGGCCCGAUUUCCUCCAGCGAGCAGUUGCGCUUCUGGUACUGGGAGGCCUGGGAGGAUCCAGCAAAGCUGCCCGGCGAAGUCUUCCUCUUUGGACGAACAGCCGAUGGGAAGUCCGUCUGCGUUAGGGUUCAAAACAUAAACCGGGUGCUCUACCUCUUGCCCAGACAAUAUCUUCUAGAUCCGAUUUCGAAAGAGCCCACCAAGGAAAAGGUAACCGUGGCGGACAUCUACAAGGAGUUCGACAGCGAAGUGGCUACUGAACUGAAGCUGGAAACAUUCCGAUCCCGAAAAGUGAGCAAAAACUUCGCCCACCACGCCAUUGGCAUUGACGUGCCCCAGACCUGCGAUUACCUGGAAGUCCAUUAUGAUGGAAAGAAACCAGCGCCCACCUUGGCUUCAAACAAGAAAUACAACUCGAUUGCCCAUGUCUUUGGAUCCACAACGAAUGCCCUGGAGCGUUUCCUGCUGGAUCGAAAGAUCAAAGGACCCUGCUGGCUGCAAGUGAGCGGAUUCAAACUGAGUCCGGCGCCCAUGAGCUGGUGCAAAACGGAGGUGACUGUGUCGGAGCCAAAGAGUGUGGAGUUGGUCCAGGACAAGGGCAAGCCAGCUCCUCCACCACCACUCACUCUCCUCGCCUUGAAUGUACGCACCUGCAUGAACCCGAAGACCCUGAAAAAUGAAAUCUGCAUGAUUUCCAUGCUCACCCACAACCGAUUCCAUAUUGACCGGCCGGCUCCCCAGCCCGCUUUCAAUCGUCACAUGUGCGCCCUGACCCGACCCGCGGUGGUCAGUUGGCCACUGGACUUGAAUCUGGAAUUGGCCAAAUACAAGUCCACCAAGAUAUACAAGCACGACUCGGAGAAGGUCCUGCUGAACUGGUUUCUGGCGCAGUACCAGCAAAUAGACGCGGAUCUGAUUGUGACGUUCGACGCCAUGGAUUGCCAGUUGAACGUGAUCACCGAUCAGAUUGUAGCCCUGAAGAUACCCCAGUGGUCGCGAAUGGGUCGUCUGAGGAUGACUCAGUCCUUUGGCAAACGAUUGUUGGACCAUUUUGUCGGACGGAUGGUCUGCGAUGUGAAACGGUCUGCGGAAGAGUGCAUUCGAGCCAGGUCCUAUGAUCUUCAGACUUUGUGCCAGCAGGUCUUGAAGCUCAAGGAAUCGGAGCGCAUGGAAGUAAAUGCCGAUGAUCUGCUGGAGAUGUACGAGAAGGGUGAGAGCAUCACCAAGCUUAUAUCCCUGACCAUGCAGGACAACUCCUACUUGCUGCGUCUAAUGUGCGAACUGAACAUCAUGCCGCUGGCCUUGCAGAUCACCAAUAUUUGCGGAAACACAAUGACCAGAACCCUCCAGGGAGGUCGCUCCGAGAGAAAUGAGUUCCUUCUGUUGCAUGCCUUCCACGAAAAGAACUACAUUGUUCCGGAUAAAAAGGCUUCCACUCGACGCGGUGGCGGUGGCGAUGCAGAAAACACCAUCUUGGGAGAUGCCACGUUACCUGCCCGUAAGAAGGCGGCCUAUGCCGGUGGCUUGGUGCUGGAACCCAUGCGUGGUCUCUACGAAAAGUUCGUCUUGCUGAUGGACUUCAACUCCCUGUACCCGAGCAUUAUUCAGGAGUACAACAUAUGCUUCACCACGGUCCAGCAGCCAGUGGAUGCGGACGAGUUGCCAACACUGCCAGACUCAAAAGUGGAUGCUGGUAUCUUGCCCCUGCAACUGAAGCGCUUGGUGGAGUCCCGCAAGGAGGUGAAAAAGCUGAUGGCAGCUCCCGACCUCUCACCCGAACUCCAAAUGCAGUAUCACAUUAGGCAGAUGGCCCUGAAGCUGACCGCCAACUCCAUGUACGGUUGCCUGGGCUUUGCCCAUUCCAGAUUCUUCGCCCAGCACCUGGCCGCCCUGGUCACGCACAAGGGCCGGGAAAUCCUGACCAACACCCAGCAGAUGGUCCAGAAGAUGAACUACGAUGUGGUGUACGGUGACACCGAUUCCAUAAUGAUCAACACCAACAUAACCGACUAUGACCAGGUCUACAAGAUUGGUCGCGACAUCAAGCAGAGCGUGAACAAGAUGUACAAGCAGCUGGAACUGGACAUCGAUGGUGUCUUUGCCUGCCUGCUGCUCCUCAAAAAGAAAAAGUACGCAGCGGUCAAGCUGAGCAAGGACUCCAAGGGCAAUCUGAAGCGGGAGCAGGAGCACAAGGGUUUGGAUAUUGUGCGUCGUGAUUGGUCCCAGCUGGCGGUGAUGGUGGGUAAAGCAGUGCUGGACGAGGUGCUGGCUGAAAAGCAAUUGGAGGAGAAGCUGGAUGCUGUCCAUACCCAGCUGGAGAAGAUCAAGCAGCAAAUCAACGAGGGUGCAGUGCCACUGCCACUCUUUGUGAUCACCAAACAGCUGACCCGAGCUCCUCAGGAGUACGCCAACAGUGCCUCCUUGCCGCACGUCCAGGUGGCCCUGCGCAUGAAUCGGGAACGGAACCGGCGCUACAAAAAGGGUGACAUGGUCGACUACGUUAUAUGCUUGGACGGCACCACAAACGCUGCCAUGCAGCGAGCCUACCACCUGGACGAGCUGAAGAGCAGCGAGGACAAGAAACUGCAGCUGGACACAAACUACUAUCUGGGCCAGCAGAUCCAUCCAGUGGUCACUCGAAUGGUGGAAGUGCUGGAAGGCACUGAUGUGAGUAGGAUUGCCGAAAGCUUGGGAAUGGAUCCCACAAAGUUCCGGCAGAAUGCUCAACGUGCCCAGCGCGAAAUAGCCGAGCAGUCGGAGGGCGAGUCCUUGCUGAAGACCACCCUACAACUAUAUCGAUUGUGCGAACCGUUCCGGUUCCAGUGCAUGUCUUGUAAAACGGAGCAACUGAUGGCCAGUGCCUAUCGUCCUGGGGCUAGUCAUAGCCAUGUUCCGGUGCUCCAGCAAUGUGCGAAAGCAGAGUGCCAAACGGCUCCCAUUCAGUACCUGGCCAGCAUCCGAAAUCAGCUUCAGCUGGACAUAAGGCGUUAUGUACAGCGAUUCUACAAGAACUGGCUGGUUUGCGAUCACCCGGACUGCAACUACAACACGAGAACCCAUACCCUGAAGAAGGAUUUGCGACGGCCGCUGUGCCAGAAGUGUAAGAGUGGCAGCCUGCUGCGACAGUAUACAGAGCGGGACCUGUACAAUCAGCUCUGCUACCUGAGAUUUAUGUUCGACCUUGGAAAACAGCAGCUGCAGCAGAAACCCACCCUCACCCCAGAACUGGAGCAGGCCUACCAGCUUCUGUACGAGACCGUGGACCAGCACUUGCAGACCUCCUCCUAUGUGGUCAUUUCUCUGAGGAAACUCUUCGGGCGCUCCCUCACGAAUAUGGGCAUGCAGACGGCAAAGCUAAAGGCCCGAACCGAUCUAGUUGCCAGCACUUUGGCAGAUGUCUAAUGAGUUUAAUUAACUAGCCUUUGUUUUUAAAAGAAAUUAAAAUUACUACAAAACCAA